ACUAAUAUGCAGCACUGAUAGGCGGCACUGAUGAUGGGUUAAUGAUAGACGGCACUGACUGGCAUCACUGCUGGGCACUGACUGGCGGCACUGACUGGCACAACACCGCGCUGGGCCAACUGACUGGCAGCACUGCUGGGCUGCCACUGGUGGGGUGCCCACUGGUGGGCAGCACUGGAGGGUGGGCACAGGUGGGUGGCACUGGUGGGCACAGGGUGGGUGGCACUCGCGGGCUGGGCACAUGCUGGGCCAGGUAGGUGGUACUUCUGGGCACAGGUGGGUGCACUGCUGGGCACACAGGUGGGGUGAUCUGCUGGGCACAGGUGGGGGC